UUGCCGUAGUCAUACACGAACACUUAAAAAUCUCAGUAUUGCAGUCACAGAUCUCAGAAACCCUUCCCGGCAUCAAAAUGCAGCGUCAGCGCUCAGGUUCCGAUGAAAGAAUUCACAUAGUGACUCUAGACGUGCGAAAUUACAGCCCUGACGAGGUCAGUCUACGAGUUGAGGGGGACAUCUUAGUCGUGAAGGCUAAACAUUACUCCGACGGGAACUUUGGUUUUGAGCGCAGUGAGUUCCAGCGAACUUAUCCCGUCCCGCAAGAUGCAGAUCCCGCUAGCAUUACAUCAAAAAUAUCCAAGGAUGGUUAUCUGACUAUUGAAGCCACUAGAAAAAUUGUCAAGACAGAAGACGAUUUUCCGCUCGGAGGGUUUGAAACGCGCGCGGGAGAGGUAGCCCGAAUCGAUGAGAAGAAAUUCAGUGUUUUGUUAGAUGUGACAAACUUCGCGCCCGAGGAGAUCAAAGUGAAAGUUGUUGGCAAUGAAUUGACCGUUAGCGCAUCACACGAAUCCGAAACAGAGGGACAUUACACUUCCCAGAAGUUUAAUCGUCAAUUCGUUUUGCCCAAAGACGUCGACAUGAAUUCUGUCGUGUCGCGUCUCACUGAUGAAGGAAAACUUCUGGUCGAAGCCGAAAGGCAAGCAUUGCCUCCCCCUAAGGAGAGAUUUAUCAGCAUUGAGAAGGGAAAAAAGGACUGAGGUGAACAGAAACAGUGCUGUAUGAGCUGACAUUGAGCGCCAUGAACUUAUUACUUUUUCGUCAAUUGAUAAAUUGUGAACAGAAAGGUUUAAGUAACAAGAUAAUUUUUCAGUCUCCUAAACGAUGUGUGGAGCUAGCAUAAGUGUAUUUUGUAAUUUAGAGGAUUAGAUCACUAUUUCAGAGAAAAAUAGAUGAAAAUUUCUUCAGCCUCUGUUCACUAUCUGUGAGAAAACGGGGGUGGGUGGGAAGAAUGAAGGAAACGCGUGAUACACAACAAGGAAAAGCCAACACAGGGAACAGAGGUCUGCGCAAGUGUGAAAGUCGUAAUGACUUGGAUCAUGACUAAGAGAUGAGCUUUCAGGCUCUAAGAACCAA